GGGACGGGGAGCGCGAGGCCGAUCUGCAGCCGUUUGAAUCGCGCUGGCGGUUGGGCUGCGCGCGCACCCCCACCCGGCGCCGCCAUGGACGCUCCCGGCGCCCGGAUCAUCAUCGCCAUCGGCGACUGCCUCCUCCUCACUGCGCUGAUGGCGGCCGCUCCCGACCCUCGGGGCGAAGCGCAGUGUCCCUCCGGGCCCGGACACCGCCUGCCGGCAGAUGGUUUCCUGAAAGAAAAGCUUCAAGAACUGCAUCAUUACAGAGUCAUCUACCCAUUUAUCAUGUCAGGAGGACAGAUGUGGAACAUGGAUAAUUUAAAACAGAGCAACUAUACUGAUGAACUUGAAAUCUUGGUGGAAAUAGAAGAACAUUAUUUAACCCUGGACCUGCGAAGAAAUCAGUUCCUCAUUCCAGAAAGGUUUCAGGUAUCGUACUAUGAUGCUAAUGGAACUUUGGCAACGGAAGAAAACAGCACCUUGAAUCGAUGUUAUUAUGAGGGGACGGUGCGAGGACAUUUUGGUUCCCAAGUCGCAGCAAGUAUAUGUUCAGGACUCAGUGCUCUAAUUAUUCUUACGAAUGAGAGUUAUGUUAUUGAGCAUCUUGAGGGAGAUGUACAUGGUUACCACCUGGCAUUUAAAUCUGAGCAUGUGAAGUUAAAGGAGAAGAAGUGCAGCAGUAGCAGGCGCCUAACUGCUGAACGUACUCAACGGCCAGUUCGGUUGAAAAGGUCCCUUGGGUCAGAAAUGAAGUACUUGGAGUUGGUCCUUGUGGCAGACAGAGUAGAGUAUCAGAGUGCAUUCAACAGCAAACGAAAAGUGAUCAGUCGAUUAGCAAAUGCUGUUAGUUAUGUGGAUCUGUUCUACAGACCAUUGGAUCUUCGAAUUGCACUGAUUGGUGUUGAAGUGUGGACAACAGACCAGAUUGUGGUCGAUGACAAUGCGUUGGCCACCAUGAAACGAUUCCUUACCUGGAGGAAAGCAAACCUUCUACCAAGGCUACACAAUGAUAAUGCUCAGCUCAUCAUAGGCAAGAGCUUCAACAGUCUCAAUGGGCAGCUUGCUGAGUUUGGUUCCAUGUGUUCUGAGGAUCAUUCAGGAGGUAUUGUUCUGGAUACCACUGCGGAAAGUUUGGGCAUUGCUUCUAAUCUGGCUCAUGGCAUUGGACACAAUCUAGGAAUAGAGCAUGAUUCCCCAGCUCAAAAGUGUGUUUGUGCAGACAAAAAGGCUGACUGCAUCAUGGCAGAAGUCCGAGGGUAAGAGACCAACAGAGUGCUGAAUGGAAGAAAUGGGAAGCGGUUAUAAAAUACAGGGAAAACAUGGAUUUAAAUGGUUCUGGGAAACUGGCACAGAACUAGAUUUAGGGCAGAUCAGGAAAAUAUUGAAUAGUGGGGUGUAAAUGUCAAAGCCUAGAGGGCACAGCUUUAAGAUCGGAACUGGACUGAGUGUUUAAAAAGUGCCGAGCAAGUUACGGCCCAAUUUCUUUCUGAUCCUGAUAAGCAUAGGUAGCAAAACCCGGACUGAGUGUCAGCUAAAGGAUGCUGAGCUCCAGCAUUGGUUUUGGGAAUGGCAUUGUUUCAAUUCCAAGUAGGGUGUUUGAGUAAUAAAUGCUGAGGGUUUGGCUCAAGAGUCUCUGGCAAGAAGCUACACAGUGAAUGGUAGGGUUCUGGAGUGUUGUAGAGCUGAGGGAUCUAGGAGAGCAAGUACAUAGUUCCCUGAAGGUGGAGUUGAAGGUAGAUUGGGUGGCCAAAAACACUUUAGGCACAUUGGCCUUCAUCAGCCAGAGUAUUGAGUAUAGAGGUUGGGAGGUCAUGUUGCAGUUGUAUAAGACAUUGGUGAGGCCGCAUGUAGAGUAUUGUGUUCAGUUUUGGGCACCAUGUUAUAGGAAAGAUAUUGCCAAGCUUGAAAGGGUACAGAGAAGAUUUACGAGGAUGUCAAUGGGACUAAAGGGUGUGAACAACAGGGAGAGGUUGAGUAGGCUGGGUCUCUAUCCCUUGGAGCGCAGGAGGAUGAAGGAUGAUCUUAUAGAGGUGUAUAAAAUCAUGAGAGAAAUAGAUCGGGUACAUGCACAGUCUCUUGCCCAGAGUAGGGGAAUCGAGGACCAGAGGACAUAGGUUCAAGGUGAAGGGGAAAAGAUUUAACAGGGAUCUGAGGGGUUACUUUUUCACAAAAAGGGUGGUGGGUGUACGGAACAGAGGAGAUAGUUGAGGCUGGGACUAUCCCAUCGUUUAAGAAACAGUUAGACAGAUACAUGGAUAGGACCAAACGCAGGCAGGUGUGACUGGUGGAGC